AUGCCGCUCAUCGGUCGACAUGUCUCUCACACGCAUGCCAAUCUUCCCAUUUCGCUAUGGAGCACCAUAUCUCUCACCUUCGCCCUCUCAUACCUGCAAAUCGUCUACGCCAUUUCUUUCAUUGCGCGUCCCUUCUGGAGCUCGAACUUGGACUUCCCACCCUUCAGACAGGCCAUAGAAAGCGCAGAGAUAUUCGCCAUCAACAUCAUCCUAGAUAUCGUUCCUACCUCGAAAUAUCGCUCGCCAGCACCGACAAAUUUCAUCGACGAUGCCACUCGCCGCCCCCCAUUAAGCCUCAAUCGACCGAGCCCAGUGAUAGGAACCUCUCCACACGUGGUAACUGGCGCCACUGUACAUGCAGUUCCACCACAUAUGCCGCAGUGCUACCCUGAGCCCCGGAGUUCGCUCCCAUCACCGCAACAAAAGGAAGUUCAAACAGAGACUAUGCGCUCCACGCACACAGAGCGCUUCAACAAGAUAGGCGACUCGGGUAUUUCUAUCUAUGGCACCGCGCGGAAAAUCACUAAAUCGACUCGCCCAAAGCUAUCCACCACCCUCGAAGCGCACCAGCAACAUCAAGCCACCAGCCAGGCAACAGAGUCCGAGCCCGUGACUGGCGCCCGCAAAACGACUACCGUCACAAGACAAGAAGAACCCGAGGAAGAAGAGCUUACAGUCCAUAUUGUCGAGAUCUCACAGCCUGCCGAUCAAGCUUUCGAUAGUAUAUCCCAACCCACUGCCGCAGUUGCCACGGCCACAGUCCCGGUCAUGGCCAUGCCCAAUCCGUCCAUGCCAAUGGACAUGUCUCCUACCAACUCAUUCGAUGGUCCUGGUGAACUCGAACCCGAAAUAGGUCCCCAAUCCGCCUCAUCUUGUUAUACGGAUAAUACAAGCUCUCUAUCAUUGGAUGCCUGCCAUGCACUCAAGUCCCAUUCCACCGAGAGUUAUCCUGGAAAAUUUCCCGUCAGCGAAGGUACGGAAUACAGCGGGUUGGCCACGGCCGAGUACGCUUUCCGGGAGAGGGGCAUUACUUCUGUACGGCCUUUCUCGGACUAUUAG